AUGGGUGGCACGCCGUGGCACUCGAAAGGAUGCAUCGCAUGUCGCAAACGGAAAGUCAAGUGUGAUGAACAAGAACCCGAAUGCGCCCGGUGCAUUAAACGAGGGGUCAAGUGUCCCGGGUACAUUAGGACUCGCAUCUACAUCCACCACCCGUCAGUCAAGUACCGCGAUGAAGCCAGAACUGCCAUCCCUAUUUCUCAGUCUCAAUUCCAAUCCUCGGCGCAACAACUAUGUGGACCGUUGGCUCGCUCACAAGCAGCGAAUGUUGUCCAGCAGACGACGCCGGCCCCAUUGAUCCAGCCUUUGCCCUCAGGAAGUACCUGGCAAUCCCGCCCAAUGGUGCGCGAGCAGAUCUUCAGCUCUUUUUUGAGUCUUCUGUUUGGCGAAACCCAUCCAAUGUCCGCCCUCAAUAUAUGGCAAUACCUUAUCUUAAGCUUCGGGCAACUUCCUCGCAGGUCCGGGACGCUUGACCGAGCGCUCUCGGCGAUGUCAUGUCUCUAUUUGGGCAAGAUGAACAACGACGAUCGCCUGUUUCACUAUGGUCUGAAUCUCUACGGUGCAGCUAUCCAAAACGUCAAGAGCUCUGUCUUACGGAACACGUGCGAUGCGGAUACGAUCUAUACCACUGUCAUCUUUCAGGAUCUAGAGUCAUACUGUUGUUCAUUUGAUUUCCGCACUUUCUUAGCGCAUACUCAAGGGACAAGUGCCAUCCUGCACUGUCAUCGUGACUCGUUGCCUCGGAACCCGCUGCUGGAUGCCAUUUACAACCAGCAUCAGAAGAUGCGCCUGAUGAUUGCGACAGCGGGUGUGAACAUUACAGAGGAGGAACAUCAAUACCUGACAAACUCAAUCGACGGACGCUCCACCGCCGUAUCCAAAUUAUUCGCCAUGUAUGCAGAGUUCGGCCCUCUGUCGGCCAUGCUCAAUCGCACCGAGAUUGACGAUCCUGAACAGCGGGCAAAAGCGCUUGGAGCUUGCCUGAUGCAAGAAGAGAAAAUUCGCGCUUGGUACGCGCAGUAUGUCACCCCCCACAGUAUGUUUAUUUGCGAGGCCAAAGAUUGCAACACGGACAAGCUGCCAUCCACAGAGCGACUCUUUGGUUCAGGGUAUCGAUUUUCGUCCCUUGAUGAUGCCAGAAUGCACCACUAUUACUUUGUGGCACUCGCGACCGUGCAGCCUUGGAUUCAGAGGCUGCAAAGAUGGGCUCAGCCCCAGCCCACAGCCACCAUGGGUCUUUCGGCUCCAGUCACGACACCACCUCACAGCGAAGGACAACAUGAGAUACCUGAGUUCCUCGCCGACGAGCUAUGUCGCAUGAUGCCAUAUUAUGCCAAGAAUACAGAUCAACUAUCCGCCACUGGGAUGCUGUUGUUCCCGGUGGUCGCGGCAAUCAAGAUCUAUAUUGGACUGGGCCGUUUGGAGAAGUUUACGUGGUGCCUCAACGCCCUUCGCUUGAUAGGGUAUCGAGGCUUGUCGAUGUGUAAUCGACUGAUUGACGUGUACUCGAAUUGCUGGAACAACCGCAACAUCGACCCAUGGCCGAUACCCUGUCGGUCGCUGCGGGACGACAUGACCCUUUUUGAGCGUUCAGCAGAGUCGCAGAACGCAUGUGCAAGCAAUGAAACACCGCGUAGCCCUGUUUCGGAAGGUAGGAAUAUUGCGAAGGCUGCACAGUCUCUGCGAAAUGUUGUACCAGAGAGGUCGGUCAACAGCUCUGAAUAA